ACCCCCGCAGGACCCCGCCCCUUCCGGCCACCUCGGCCCGUCCGGCUGUCCGCGGAGGCGCGUCGUCGCGAUGGUGCUGCUGACGAUGAUCGCGCGGGUGGCCGACGGGCUGCCCUUGGCCGCCUCCAUGCAGGAGGACGAGCAGUCAGGCCGCGACCUGCAGCAGUACCAGAGCCAGGCCAAGCAGCUCUUCCGCAAGCUGAACGAGCAGUCGCCCACCCGCUGCACCCUGGAGGCGGGCGCCAUGGCCUUCCACUAUAUCAUUGAGAAAGGAGUCUGCUAUCUGGUUCUUUGUGAAGCUGCCUUCCCCAAAAAGUUGGCAUUUGCUUAUCUGGAGGAUCUGCACUCAGAAUUUGAUGAACAACAUGGAAAGAAGGUGCCCACGGUGUCGAGGCCCUAUUCGUUCAUUGAGUUUGACACUUACAUCCAGAAAACCAAGAAACUUUAUAUUGACAGUCGUGCCAGAAGAAACCUCGGCUCCAUCAACACGGAGUUACAGGAUGUACAGAGAAUCAUGGUAGCCAACAUUGAGGAAGUCUUACAGCGAGGCGAGGCCCUUUCAGCUUUGGAUUCCAAGGCCAACAAUCUGUCCAGUUUGUCCAAGAAAUACCGUCAGGAUGCAAAGUACCUGAACAUGCGCUCCACCUAUGCCAAGCUUGCUGCUAUUGCAGUGUUUUUUAUCAUGCUGAUUGUGUAUGUGCGGUUCUGGUGGCUGUGAAGAGUGACCAGGCACCCCAAAGGGAAAUCUGAUCAUCUAGCAGGUGCAGAGUUGCAAGAAGCCACGACCCCAGGGCCAUCUCUUAGAAUCAGUGUUGGUAUAUCUUGUGGUGAAGGUUGCCGCUUCUCUUCGGUGAAUCAGUUCCAAAGUACCAGAGCCUGCUACAAAUGGAAGGCUUCUGUUUUCGGGAAUGAUGCACUAGAGAGAGAGAGCCGGCCUUGUCCAUCCGCUAGCAGCGUUGUUGGGGUGCUUUGGUCACUCUGGCCUCCUGCUGUCCAGCACUGCUAGCAGUAGCAUGUACCCAAGUCUAGCCUUGGUAACGAAGGAGCCUGUUGAACAUUCCUGGUCCAGUCGCCCUGUUUUGAUUGGUAAUCUGAUGUUUGCUACAUGAACAGAAAUGUCUGUCUGAAGGCUCUUUCAUGUAUAUACUGUGUUAGUUUUCAGAUUGUCCAGUUAGUGCCGAAUUUUCACUAUGAAACAUCAUGGCUCACCAUACCUUUAAUCCAGUAGAUAAAUAUACAAUUCUGCCUUAACAGACUGUAUCCAGUGGUAAAUGAAAUGUUGAAACUGUUAUCAUAGAAUUAAAUUCAAAAUAUGAUCCAUUUUCACUUCAGAUAAAUUGGUUUUAAAAACUU